AUGGCGGCAGACUCGACGGUGCGGAGCCAGGACUCGGCCAACAGCAGCGACUCGAAGGAGACGAAGGUGUCGAAGGUGUCGGACGACAGCGCGAGGUCGUCCUCCAAGCCCGAGAGCUGCCUCGAGUCCAAGCACUCCAAGGACCAGCUGAUAGAGACCUCGACGAGGAGGCACCACCACCACCACCACCACCAUCGCCAUCCGGAACAUCAGCAGCAGCCACAGCAACCACAAGAUUCCAAGGAUGACGCCAGUAUGCUAAUGUUCACGUCCUGCGGGCAGCUGCUCUUGGGUAUCGUGCUAGUGGUCUUCGGCAUCCUGACUCUGGUGCACGGAGCCUCGCUCAGCGGCUCCGGAGCAGGAAUCUGGGCUGGCAUUGGCGCCCUGUCGGCUGGUGCUCUGGGAGUCGUGGCGACUCUGUCCUCGGGCUCGGGUCAGCUCAUCGGUGCGAAAAAGCCGGCCUCGAGCUUCUCCUCGGCCCAUCUCGCAGCCAGUCUCGUCGCCUUGGCCCUGUCCAAUCUGUCGACCAUAACUGCUCUCACCGCCGUCAUCAGGGAUUCGCAAAGAAGUCCACCGGAUGUCACGCUGCUAGAACUUCCGACUGAUGAUAGCGUAGAGGUAGAAGAAGGCUGGGCAGGCCUGCUCUCAAGCAUCGGUCUACUGGUCGCGAGCAUCUUUGAGCUUUUGGUCUCGGGUUACACCUGCUUUACUCUGACACCUAAGCUCUGCGACUGUCUUAGAUCUGACGACGCAUCUAACAUGGAGGAGAUGGUCGUCGAUGGCAAGACUCUCAAGACCCGCAAUAUGGUCCAGCAGUGGGUCAUUGCCCAGAACCACGUGCCCAAGAAUCAUCAGCCAAUCUACGUCGUCCAGCCAAUCAUACCUGUUCACCCACUCAUGCAGACUCCGUACGGAAUGCACCCGGCAGCUGGGAAGUAUGCAGCAGCAGGAUAUGCACCGCCACAGCCGCCACCACCAGGCUCAGCAAGUUACGGUCCCAUGCCGAUGCUGUCGGCCCACAUGGCCUAUCCUCCCCAAGCCAGGCCACCCUCGCAAAUUGUGAGUCAAUUUCUAUAGCACUAUGGCCGCUCGAAGCAGCUGAAGAGGCGCCGCCACUCGUCCGAGCACUCCGACACCGGGGAGCAGGCCCGCCAGCAGCGGCGCUCGUCCAGCAGCCUGCACCAGCAGCGCUCGCACUCGAGCUCCCCCGACGGGCCGCAGCCCUCCCGCGGCCACAUGGCCCCCAUCGGCGAGGACCAGCUCGACCUGGCGCGCACCUACACGGGCCUCGACAAGCGCAUCUCCGAGGAGUUCAUAUCGAUCGCAAUGGACCCCGAGAGGAAGUCCAAGGCGUCGAGCCACCACGGGAGCGAGGUCGCUGCCGAUGUCCGCAAGUAG